AUGAUAUCUCCUGCUCGGAAGGUUAUUGCACCAGUCUCGAAAUCAAAAGCCGCCGGCGCAUGGCAAAUUGUCGCCUUUUUCUACGCUUACCGAAUAAGCAUCGAUGCGUUUGGCGUUGAAAAAAAUCCAAUCGCUUCAAAAAUUCGGGGAAGCAUUGUGGACGGGAGUUGCACUCUUGACGAGUUUGCAGAAUUAACGCGGAAGCCCAACAAGAACAACAUCCCGUUCCCGAAGGGGCUGAUAGGCAAUAGCCUGACACCAGAUCCUCUUACCACAGUCCAAAGAAUUGAGAAUUCAGCGUACGAUUCGAGUCAGCUCUUCGACCAUGAAAAAUUACUUCCGGGGCAGUUCGACAACAUGAGAUCUGGGAAUUUACCAUCUUUUGCAGAUCAGAUACAGAAACUUAACAACCAUGUAGCCGCGGCUCGCAUCUCUAUGACCAAUGAGAUGGGCCUCGACCAAAAUUUCUUUGACACCGAGCCCAACUUUACGAACCUAAAGACUGCCAUUCACGGAAUUUCAGAUGCACGUCGGGCGGACACAAACCUGCAUAUUUUAGGUGAACUGUUUGAAAAUCUGGCAAAGGAAGGGAUCAAACCAGUUUUCAAGACAGUUGUGGCAUUGGACUUGACAACUUAUUUGGAUAUUGACACAGCCAUGACAAUAAGUGGCUCAACCAAUUCUGUAUUUGACGCCAAAACUGCUGUGGAUAGAGUUUUAGCUGAGAUUGGGGCCCUGUCUAAAGAAAAGGUCAAUAGAAACCACGCAGCUAUUAUCAGCAGGCUAGACCAAUAGAAAAGCGACCUUAACGCCCCUUGUUAAGUUAUGUAGCUCAAAGUAAAACUAGAAUAGUAGAUAGAGUUGCAUUGAAUACUUAUUUCAACAC